UGACUUCAAGGACCACAUAGCAAAGUACAGGGAACUCAGGUGAGGGAGUAGUUGUCGUUUAUCAAAGCCACACUUUGUUGAAAUAAUUUUUUCAUGAAGUUCAUGAACCAUUUCCAGCAGAAGUAUUUUACUGUGGACAAUAAAGGGUUCACCUUUCUUUCAUGUGUUAUAAAUUUGCUUUUCUAAUGACAGAAUAGACCUCCUAUGUUUUUCUAAGAACAUCUACACUUCCUGGUAUACUUCUCUCGCCUAUGAUUUGGACCAUUAGGAACUAGAAACGUAGUGGGGGCAAAUAUAUUUGACUAAACCACAAGACUGUUGAAAUUUGAGGCGUCAGUAAAUGCCCCAACAGGGUGAGGGUGUAUUGUUUUUUUUUUUGUUUUGUUUCUAUUUUGGCCCUACCCAAAACAUAAAUAAUAAAGGGAGAAAAGGGCAAAAGAGACUGACUCCACCCUGACUGGCUUUUACUGACACCCUUAUAUUUCAGGGAAAAAUCAUUAAGUUGAAUUAUUUACCUUUAUUUUGCUUUGAAUUUAAUAAUCUGUGUAAUGUAUUGUAGAGAUGCUUAUGAAAAGAAGAUAAGCAGUAAAAAGAAGCCCAGCAAACCAAAGAAAAUGAAGAAGCCAGUGCCUAUUGGGGAUGUAAGUAUUGCCAGCAGUUGUCAGUAUAUUUUCAUUAUUCUCAAAUCAUACAGGACCAGAUUCAACCCACUGUCAUGUAACUUUCUUGCACAUCAUGGUACAUUAACACAAAAUUACAUAAAAAUCCCACCUUCUCGGAGGACAAACCAAUCAGGUUCAAUGUGUUAUAAAAAUCAAAGAAACAAACAACAUCUAUACUGUCACAAGAAUAUUGGAUGAUGGUGGGUCUUAAAAAUGAAUUAUUGUAACAAUCAUUUCUACUAUUGCCAAAGAGAAUCUGUACUAAAAUGAUUAUUAAUUCAAUGAAAAACUCAAUACUGAAUAGUGAACUUAAAAUAAAAAAAAGCUCAACAGAACUUUCAUAUUGCUAUAAUAUUGAACUCAGCUGUAUUAGAAAAAAAACAAUGUCUUAAACACUAAAGAUAAACUUUUAAACAUCCAUUUGAUGGGGAUUUGAUCAUGUUAUUUGCAAAUAUGAAACCAUCUAAAGUACAGCAAUGGUAUAGUGAUUUUGGUAAUUUAUAUGUCUCCUCGCAUAAUGGAAAACUUCAAAUUAGCCUGAAUCAUUCCUGUCCAGCAAAACAUGUUUAGAAGUAUCCAGGCAAUCUUGUUAUAAUAGCCUUCAUUUUUGUAUUGACAUUUUGGCCCAUUCGUUUGAAAAUAAUAUAAUUUGUUGGAAACUCUUUAGAAACGUAUUCCUACUGAUAUCCAGACAAUCUGAAUCAGAUCAAACUUUGUAAUUCACUUAAUGGGAAUAGCUAACAAUAAAGUUACGGGGUUGAUACAGUUGAGGUUUUGUUGACAUAGAUCGCCUCUGGUUUCUGAAUUUUAUGUGAGAGAGGCUUUUGAAACAAAAUAUACCCUAGAUCAGUUUUAAACUCUCUGAGAAAAAUAUCUUCUUAAUUCUGCAUGCCAUUUCCCUUAAUCUUUGAGGAAGAUCUUUGAUCUUUUGGGCUGGGGGUUAACUCAGCCUCCAAAGAUAGGAUAUCCUUUUGAACUCCCCACCUCAGUGUUUGUCUUCAGUUCAGUUUCAGUUUCAGCUGUGGAAUGUCCGUCAUUCGACAUAGGCCCUCCCCACUGACCUCCACUGGUCCAUGUUUUGGGCGACACAUUGCCAGCAUUUUAAGAAACAAUUCAAGUUGACUCUCCAACUUGUCCUUGGUCUUCCUCGGUUCCUUGUGUGUUCCCAGGGCAUCCAGAAUGUAAUGUUGGUUAAUAUUGUGUAUAAUGUACUGUACUACAUUGUUGUAACUAUAAUCUUUGAACCUAAUAAAAAGUUUAUAUUGACAUGUGUAGGAUGAAGAUCCUAUUUCAGAUUCAGAAUCUCCAAAGGUUGAUAAUGCAGAUAAACCUGUCAAUGAUGUAAGAAGCUUAAGUACAUUUAUUGUAACAUAAAAAUUUUACUUGUGUUAGUAAUUGGCCUCAAAAUCUGGUCAUAUUAAAGUGCUACUACGAUCAAAUUUGGGAAUUUGUUUUUGAUUACAUAUUUCGAAAAUAUAUGUAAAAGUGACUUACCGUGCCAAGUUUGGAGUCCAAAUAUGAUCUGGAAGUGUGUUUAUUUGCACGGCAAUUUUCGUAAAUGUCUUGCCGCCAUUACUCGAUUCAAAAAAUGACCGGGAGUAGUAUUUGAAGGAGUUGGGGCGAGAUGUGACGUAGAAACAUCAACGCGACAAAACAAGGCAAACAAACGUGGCUAGGGACCUUACGAUCCGACAACGGCGACGGCGACGGCAACGUGAGAAGUCUGGGUCGAGCGGGGCCACGUCGUGUUGGCGUUCCCGCCAAAAUUGAGAUUACGAAUUUUACUAGCGAGAACGUUGACGACGGUCAUUGAUGUUUAUCGUGUUUAUGUCAACGAAAGUUUUUUAGAAAGCCAUGCCAAAGUUCCGUGACACUAUUCUCCUGGCUCAUGCUUCCCGUUUGAUUAACGCUGAAGAAUUCGUGCUACUCUACGAUUUACACAAGCCUAAAAAUCCGGAUUUACCGUACACUAACUACGAGUGCUUCGAUCUCGACAAGAUGACCGAUGAUGAAUGUAAAACUGAGUUUAGAUUUUACAAGAAUGACAUUUACAACUUGGCAGAGGUGUUUACUUUACCGGAUCGGAUCGUUUGCUACAAUGGUGUAAAUGUCGACAUGGUUGAGGCAUUGUGCAUUUUUCUUAAAAGAUUUGCCUAUCCCUGUAGAUACGUAGACAUGAUACCCAGAUUUGGAAGGCCAGAACCACAAUUGUGUAUGAUCUCAAAUGCUGUUAUGAACAAGAUGUAUCAAACAUGGAACCGCCUUCUCACUGAUUUGAACCAGGAUUGGUUAAGACCCGAUCAUUUAGAGGAGUUUGCCGUUGCAGUUCACAACAGGGGAGCUGCUCUUGACAACUGUUGGGGGUUUGUUGACGGUACUGUGAGGCCCAUAUGCCGACCAGGACAAAACCAAAAGUGCUUAUACAAUGGUCACAAAAAAGUCCAUGCUAUAAAGUUUCAAUCUAUCGCAGCACCCAGUGGCCUUGUUGCCAACCUGUUUGGGCCUGUCGAGGGAAAGAGACAUGACAGUGGGAUGUUAGCUAGAUCUGGAGUGUUAAACCAAUUGCAACGAUUUUCAGUGGACACAAAUGGGAACCCCCUAUGUAUUUAUGGAGAUCCAGCAUAUCCUCUUCGACUACAUCUGCAAGGACCUUUUCGAGGAGCUGGACUAACUCCCAUACAGUCUGCAUGGAAUGAAUCUAUGAGUGAAGUCAGAGUUUCUGUGGAAUGGAUUUUUGGUGAUAUAAUAAAUUAUUUUAAAUUUCUGGACUUCAAAAAAAACUUGAAAAUAAGUUUAAGUGCUGUUGGCAAAAUGUAUGUGACAUGUGCCCUUCUUCACAAUGCUCGUGUUUGUUGUUACGGAUCCACCACAUCAGACUACUUUGAUGUUUCUCCCCCAGAAAUUGGGGAUUAUUUUCACUAAGUCUGCCAAACAGGUUUUACAAAAGUUACAUAACACUUUUCCUUUCGAAAAUUGAACUGCUUUUUAAUAAAAAAAAAUUAUACAAUCGAGAAAGGCUAACAUAUUGGAAUUAAAGUGAAAUAAAUGCCACCAAAACAAACUAUUAAAUGGGAACAAAUAAUGGUGAGCAUGUUUACAGUGAGUAAUGCAAUUCUAUAGUUGGAUAAGCCCUAUUGCCUUGAUAAAGGCUCAGCCCCAGUUUUGAUACUGGCAUAACAUCAAUUCGGCGACUUUCAAAGGUUGGCAAAAUUAAGCAACAUUUCCCUUUACAACUAUAUAUGUAAACAAGUGAUUAUUAUUAUAACAAGUCUUUAAUUUUUAACUUCCUUGAAAAUGUUCAAGUUAAUAAAAUGUGAACUCUUUGUGCAUUUAAAUGAUCCCUUGCAGAGAUUGACCAGCAUCACUUCCCAGCAAACUUUUUCAUUAGUUCCAUAAGUGCAAGGGUUUGUUGUUGGUGCUGUUGCAUCAUGUUUGCAUUCAUUUGCAUAAACUGCUGCAUUUGCUGCUGCUGAAGCUGCUGAAUAUCUCUAGUUUGCUUGUUCAUCAUAUCAAACUGCUGUUGUCUUCCUUCCUGCUCCUUUGCUUGCAGUGCUAACUCUUGCCUUUUUAUCUCCAAUUCAUCACGUUUUAAAGUAGCUUCUACUUCUGCCCUAUCCUUCAGGUAAGCCAGAGUGCUUGCACCACUAGCUCUACCCUUUUUCGGCCUUGCUCCUUGCUGUACAUCGGCAUUCCUUUUGGCGCUAUCUUUAAAAGUUUCCAAUGAUCUCUUCCGCAUUUCCUCUGCUUUCUUUGCUUCUUCUUCCUGCUUUUGUUUUGUUUGAUCUGUGAUUUUGUCAGACUCAUCAAAGAGUUCAAUGGUUUCAUCUAACAGUUGAUCUAGUUCCUUGUCCUCUUCAGGGGCAAUACCUGAGGCUCUGUCUUCUUCCCUGACUUUUUUCCUUCUUCUCUUUUCCAUUGUUGAAUAGUGGUCACGAACAGACCGUUGGGUAACACGGAAUUGGGGAUAAGGAAUAGCAUUUAAGGAUACUGCCAGCUUUUCCCAAUCAUCUCCUCUCUCACUAGUUCCUUUCUUGUGCAGCCAUGGCUGCAAAAGCAUCAAUUCCCUCAACAUAAGCAAUUCGUGUUCUUCAGUCCAUUUCAUUGAUUGACUGAAAGUGCAGUGCAACAAAAAUUACUUCAUGAGGAAGAACUAUCAGUAUAUCAGCAAAAUUUGCUAACAAUAAAAUUAUCAUUGUAUCUGAGAUUUACUAGCACUUGGUCCUAAUCAUGAUCAAAAUUUUUAAAACAAAUAACAUAACUUGCUUUGGGUGGUAUUAACUAGAUCAUCAUAAUAUUAGACAAUAUCUUUGUUUUCUUUAGUCCUCCAAUAAAUUAGCUGAACUUGUUGACAGAUAAAGAAAUGAUCAUGAGAAUACAUGAUGGUUAUCCUUUGCCUUCCGAAUGAGGGAAACAUAUACAAUUAAGGUUGGAAGGACGCUUUCAAAUGAAAACAGUCAUGAAUUACUAAAAAAUGUGUAGCAUUUGGAGCAAAAUAUUGGGCAAUCAAUAAAGUUUGGAUUUUGUAAAAUAAUUCUUAUUUAAUUAGGAAACAGUGGAAAUUAUGUGAACGUCUCUGUUUUGUAUUUGUUUUUGAUUCAGUUAUAAAUAUAGCAAUAAUAUUUGCGGUAGUCGGAAUUCGUCGAUAUAACUGUUCAACCCAGCCAGUGAGUUCCUUGUAAAAUAAGGUUAAUCUACGAUUAUAAAUGAAAAUUAGCUCAAUGAAAGUAUUUAUACACUUUGCAUCGGUCGAAUCUAGUACCGCUGCCGACAAAAUCUCUCUACUAUUUCCUAGUAAACCCAAAAUAAAAUUAAGCUUCAUUGUUCUCUUUUUUUGAUCGAGAAAAAAGUUGGAAAGUAAGUGAUAAGAAAGCUCAGUGAUAGCGAGUGAAGUACAAUCACAAACAAAUACAAAGCAAAACAAGUCAAAUCUCUCUCCAUUCAGUUCGUGGUCGUAUACAAAAGACUCCACGCUCUGUUCGUUUUGGACAUUUCAUACAAACUAGUAUUCUUUAAAUUUAGUCGCAAAGUCUCGUUUUUACCUUGAUUCCUUUGCCAUAAUUGGGUUUUAAUUUCCACGUUUUCGCACAACGUCAAACAAGGCUUCUAGACGUCCGCGCGUGAAGGGACACCGCCGUCUCAGAAAUCUACUCAUGCGCAGUACGUAACCGGAAGUAAAAAAGUCCCACGUCGCCGUCGCCGUUGUCGGAUCGUAAGGUCCCUAUUUUCGCAUGCAGGACGAGAUAUUUUUGGAAGCUUUUGGAGGUUCUUUCUUCGCUUUUUUGACUUAAAGCGAAAGUAUGCCUGGUAGACGUUGUGUUGUUCAGGACUGUGGAAACGUAAAGAACGAGGAAUUGGGGAUUUCUAUUCAUAAUUCUCCUGAUUCGGGCAGCGUUAGAUUAAAGUGGAAAAGGUUCGUGUCCAUUGAUCGGAAGGAUUUCAACCUACUGGGAAAAUUUGCUGUGUGAUAGGAGCAUUGAUAGGAGAUUGUUUUACGCUUGCUUUUCCGAUGAAAGACAUGAAAAGGAAUUUGAAGAAGGGGACGUUUCCACCCAUUUGGAAAAAAUCCUCUCAAACACUAUCAAAGCGGAGUCGACGAUCGGUGAGUGAAAUUACAAUGUAUUUGCGCUGUGCUUAUCACCAUUAUAUUUAUUUCCCCAUUUACCUGUGACAUGAUUUUUUCUGGCAUCGUUGUUCAAUAUUCGUGUAGUGAAUGUUCUGACUAUUUGGACUUCCCAUAGUGUUGCAUGUGUUUUCAUACUUUUCUGCUUUCUUCUCGUAGUUAUAGUAAAACAGGCAUUUGCGCUGAGUGGACGUGAAGUCAAUUCCCCAAUUCCCAGACCUUUCCACUCAAGCGUAAAAUUUAGAAAAAGUGAAGCUACAUAGAAAUCCGGCUCUCUAUUUUUUGAGAGAUUAUUUGGCUGUUACUUUGAGAUUUGACAGUACUCCAAACUUCCCUCCAAGAAAUCUUACAGCAAAUUAAGAGUUACACGCGAGUCUUUUAAAACGACCAAAAAUGGACUUAGUCUGAUUUCUACAUUCUAUAAGUUCAGUUACUGUUUCCGGUUUUUUUUUCGUUUGUAUUUUAAUUCUAUUUUCACUGUCUGCAAAUGAUGCAUACAUUUUAAGGCAAAGAUGUGUUUAAACCUUGCUUCUAUUUCUAGUUUUGAAAACAUUGACAUAAAGCUCAAAUUUAAACUUAUUUUGAAGGGGAGAUAUAAAAAAUGGUCGUACCUAUUUUCAUUUUUAGCUACUAAAUGAAAUUCUGGCUGGUCAAACUACUAAUGAGGAUACAGAGGAAGAAGACAAUCCUGAAGAAGAGGUGAUCUCUUUGAAAGGAAGUUCUGCACCUGAGAAGAGUGCUGACACUAUGAGGGUUCCCAAUCUCAACCCUGAGGAGUCUCCAGAAGUCGAGGGUGUUCUGAAUACAAGUCAGGGUUCUUUGCUUGAGGUAAAUCCUGAAAAGGAGGGCUGCAUCCCUGAGACUGAGACGGGUGAGAUAAGUGUUGAGGCUGAGAUGGCUUCAGAGGUCCUAGGUACUCCUGGUGAUAAGACAGCUCUCGAGAGCCAAGGGAUUUCAGGCACUGAUGAGGUUACUGAGACCAUGCAGAUCCUGGAGGCUCAGGGAAUCGAAAAAGUGCAGGAUAUGGAUGAAGUUAUGCAGAUUGAUGAAUCAUUAACGAUUCCUGAACUUGAACAGGUUUCUAUGGUAGGCGCAUAACUCUAAUUAAUGUUUAUUUGCAUCUUUGUAUUAUCAUAACAAUGGAAAACUACAUGUGCAGUUAUUUUACAACAAUACUAGAACACAAAAAUUCUUAAGUCUUGUUAUUACAGCCUGUAUUCAUGUUGAAAGUUUGUUUUUUGUAGGAUACUCCUACUGGACAUGCUGGGAAUUGCACAACAUGCAAAACCCAGAGGAGUGAGGUGACUCAGUUAAGGGGCAAAGUCACAAGACUGAAGAGUAAGUUAAUCUCCAAUCAAGAUCAGUGGGUUGAAACCUUUAAGAGCAUACAAGAGCCGAAGCAGUUGCUGAUGGUGAAUGCUGGUGAGUCAACAACAAUUGAUGUUGAUGAGUCAUAUAGGCAUAACUGCCUGUCUUUAUAUUUUUAUUAUAUUUUAUCAAUAUUUGAUUAUUUAAUAAUAAUUAAAAUUUUAAUGGUGAUAGAAUUUAAUUCCAUUUGUUUAAGCUAGUCAAACUGAUCCAUGGCCAGUAACAAAUGAGACAGAGUUAGGGCUAGAGGGUGAAUCAGAAGAUGAACAGGAAAUGCAGGACGACGCGUAUGAGGAGUUUGAGUGUGAUGAAGACCCUACAUGGAGUCCUGAAGAAAUCAUAGAUGCAUAUAAAAAACUAAAGGAAGAUGAUGACUCGGUGAAGACUCAUCAGAACCCAAGGUACAAAGAUGCAAAAUUUAUUGCAUUUUAACAUCUUAGCUCUAAGUAUCCACUGGAAAGUGAUUUAGGCCUAAAACUAACUUCCAGUAUGAGAGGAUCUAUUUAGAAACAAGAGUACAUGAAAUUUGUGUUUUAAUUUACUCAGAUAAGAAUUGUCAAAAAAAAAAGAAGAAGAGGCAUAGCCAGCCCAUAGACUGGAAGUCUUAGGCCUAAAAAUGUUUGGUUUGUCCACUCAACCACUUGUAAUAAUUAAUUAUGCAUCGUUGGGGUGGGCUACAUAGCUUAAGGGCUCAAAGUUGUCAUGUGUGCAAUCAACAGAAUUAUUAUAAAAAAGCAUUUUUCAGGAUGUAUGUGAGAAUAAAAUCUCAACCCACAAUUAGCCAGGUUUACAACAAGUUGAAAAACUGGCAACACCAUGAGGAAAACAAUAAAAUUGAUAAUCAUUUUUUUUAUUGUUAUUUUAUUAUUUCAGAUGCUAUGAUUAAAUGAGUAUUUCCUUUCAAUCAUUUUUUACAGGUUGGAUCUACAAGGAAAAAACAUUCGAGAGGAACCGAAGGGAAUUGUUUUCCUUUCGAAACUUCUUCUUUUAUUUCAGUUCUGCCACUUGCGCUUCUUUUCAAAACCCAAACUUUCUGUAUCACAGACAGGUACCUUGUUAACCGUAGAAAGUUUCUGCAGAAACUGUAGCCAGACAAAAGUCUGGAAGAGUCAACCAGACCUGCUAGGAAAGUUUCCAGCAGGUAACCUGCUAUUAAGUUUUGCAGUGCUCUGUGAGCCGAGUGAAAAGAAAGAAACGAUACAUUAAAACUGUAAUUAAAUUCAGGCUGAAUUCGAUUUAAUUUUUAUUACUUGUGUACAUGAAAAUUGGAGCAACAUCAGAAUUCCCAGCCACUAAACUUGAGUUUAACUGAACACUAGAAGAACAGGGCUUCACACAGUGGGCAAGUUUGUCAUUCAACAAAAAGCGAGUAAGUGGCUGAGAAUUCUGAAGUUUGGCCCAUAAAAUUGAGUGCUUACGGACAAGUAUUCAAGCAACUACUGUAGGUCCUUCUUGGCCCCAAUGGCAUACAUGACACUCUUCAAGAACAAACAGUGCAUUUAUUAUUCAUUUUCAUCAUCUUCGAAUCCACGAUAACGGCCAUUUUGACUCCGAAAUUGUUUCCUGAUUUUAUUGUAGGCACAACAGGGCAAGGGGUAUCGCCUGGAACUACCAAUAUAACUCCACAGCAGUCUUGUAAAUUGGCGAUAGGCCACAGACCUCAGGAAUCUAGUUAGGGAAAUGAGAUCACUGUUAAUUCAAGGAGGGAUUGGAUGGAGAUAAAUAAAUACUUCUUUUAAAAAUAAGCAGUUGGGGCAAUAAAGCCAUUUAGAAAAUAAAAAAUGUGAUUCUAUGAGAUCAGUCCACGGCGAUAAGCUUAGAUGUAUCAAUUAUUCAAUGCUAUGUAAGAUUCGAUCGUUCCGAUACAAAGUCAACAAUACCCCAACUUACUCAUCAUCACUUUUGUUGCUUUGCCCAAGAACAGUAGUGAACGACUUUCCAGCUCGCGUUUUUAGGCCCAGUGCAGCCACUUCUAAUACGUGGCGGUUUAAGCAGACGCUUUCAAACCCUGGAUGGAGGGUUAUGCAUACGGUCCGGUCUCCAAUGGCUUCUUCCAUGACCUCUUCGCAGCGAUCGAUCUCUUUGCAGCAAAUGCACUCCUGCGCUUUUGUAACAAGGCUGACAGAGCAGUUCGAGCACGAACAACUGCAAAAUAAUGUGAAAAAUUCGUCAAACACGAGAAAAAUACGUCUGUAUAAAAUUAUUAAUUGUCUGACCUCUUCAAUAAAACUAUCGCAUGAAAUCAGGACUUACAGUUAAUCACAUAGCAACGAAAUUGUAAACUUAAACAAAACACAUAGUCGCGUUCGUCACGCGCACGAUUUAACGACGGGUAUGUUGAAAUUGGAAAAUAAAAAUAUAAAUCUACAUUCCAUGAUAAUACCAUACCAUUCAUUCGCUGGCACCUCUCCCGAACAUCUUCGUUGAAACUGUUGUUCCUCUUCUUCUUCGCGAUGAACUCUUUCGUUGUAGACCGUCCGCGGCUUCUUCCUCGGUAGCAAGGGGUUCGCAACUGUCGUCGUACGGCGCAAAUUCAGACAAUUCCCCAAUCACUUCGUCAACUGUAAAACUUUCUAGAUCACUUUCAGAUGUGCAGGAAGAGGAAUCCGACGGAGAUGACAUCUUAAACGUCUUGUUAAAAGGCUCUAAACUCACAAACUUUUCCCACAUGCGAAUCUUUUGGUUGAUGUUUCUACGUCACAGUGCAUAAAUCACGUGGUCAAACGCACGACCGCUUUGCGGAAAUCUCGCGGGCUAUUGUUUUGCGAACUUUGUAAUGGCGGACGGUAAUUACGCACUUUUCAGUGGGAAAUUUCCAGCCCCCGUACGGAAGUAUCGUUCCAAUUUCUCGCUAUUUGUAUAAUUUUGAACAUAUACAAAAGAUUUAUGUUAAAAAAACUCGGAAACAAAAACAAAAAUUUUCGUCGUAGUAGCACUUUAAACAAUCUGUGUUAAAAGCAAAAUGUACUCUUGUUCACUAACUUCACAAAUAAUAUGUUAAAAUUUUUAACUUUCAUUUUCCUUUUAGAAUGAUUUUUUAUAACUCAAAAUGAAUGAAGUUAACCUUCCAUUGCUAAAAGUAACCUCAGACAUUUAAACAAACAUAAUUAAAGUAACCCUAGCUUGCUGUACCCAUUUUUUUUAAAAAAAUUGUUAAGUGACAAAAAACCCUUCAUUAAUCUUUACAUUAAAAGGAAUACAUUUAACAAGUAAAUGCUAAUGUUCACAGCCUACCUAAUAGUCAGUUAAUAUUUUUUGAAUAAGCCAGCAGAUAUCUAGAAUAUGUAAUACAACAAAGUUAAGCCAAUCAGAAUUUGGUCAGCAGAUUCCUCCCUCUCUCAUACCUUGGGUACUGAUACAUAAAAAUAAUGCCUUCCAUCUUUCUUGUGAUUAUGCUGGCAUAACUGCACAGAUACUUGUAUCCAAGUCACUGUUGCAUGCCUGAAUUGCAUAAACUACUCUUGGUUUAAACUUGUUUUCACUGUAUAUGUUACAAAAUACCUUUAGGUCGCACCACUGACUCAAUAGCCCAUGUUCGAUAAAUUAAAAUUCUAACAUGACUCCUGGGUUUUCUGGUAAUUUUUCUUUAUUUGGUUUAGUGCUCAAGUCUCUUCAGGAAAUUGCGAGACAUUGGGGUCAUAAUAUAAAUUAUUUAUUAAACUGUUUUGUAAGAACAAAGGUACUGUUCACAAACAGUUCUGGUUUGUCCUUACAGCCACGUGACAAAUAUGAGGAGCAACCAGACUUUAUAACAGCAGGUGGCGGUAAGCUACAUGAGUAUCAGAUGGAAGGAUUGAACUGGUUACGCUUCUCUUGGGCCCAGGGUACCAACACCAUCUUGGCUGAUGAAAUGGAGCUUGGAAAGACAAUUCAAACCAUUGCCUUCUUGUAUUCACUAUGGAAGGAGGUAUGACAGUUAUUUAGCUUUAAGGUCUAUCAUUUAUUGAUAAUUAUAGUGAAUGAUCGAUUAGGUGUCACGGUGCAUAUUUGAUUUUCCGUGUAAAAGGUGUGGCGCUUAUUCGAGAGUUGCGCUUAUUUCAAUAGCGGGGAAAACACUGAGGGAAGUAUAUAGAGAACUCUAACUUGUGCAACAAACCUUACAAAUAUGUACAUCUCGAACUGGUAUGUAAACCCGGUUUCAAGAGUUGCCCUACCUUAAAACUAGAGAAGCUCACGAGUUGGUUGUGGUCUUAUUUGUCAAGCAACUUGGUUUUCAUAUCUCUUUAUAUCAAGCGCCAAAACAAAGGUUGGGCAUUUAUUUGUAAAUACCCAAAUUAGCACUGCAGCACUUAUUAAAUUAUUUUCGGUGUGGUGCUUAUUCGAGAAGCAGAAAGAAAACAAGCGCUUAGGUCAAUCCUCCAUUUUUGGCAAUUUUAAUGCAUAGACAUAAAGAUGGAAACAAAUUGGGCUUAAAGUAGGGUCCCAUGUAGUAUCCUUUGAUUGCAUUUUAUACGUGGCUUUUUAGAGUCUGUUUCUUAAAGGGAAGAAAUCAAGGUGUUUUUCUGACUCUCAUCUACCUCUCUACCUCUUGGUUUUUUUGUGCUCUUGUUUGAGCCAGGAGAUUUUAUGACCUCUUUAACGUGUGUAUGUUUUCGGAUUAUUUAUGAUGAGUACCAGUUUAUUUACAUGUAACUGGAAGUUGUUAUUAGUUAGCUUCAAACAUUGUUUACAUAUUCAUACUGUUAACUGUUGUUUUUAGGGCCAUUCACCAGGUCCAUUUUUACUCAGUGCCCCACUGUCUACGAUCAUUAACUGGGACAGAGAAUUUGAAUUUUGGGCUCCUGACAUGUACGUGGUUACUUAUGCUGGUGAUAAAGCUGCCAGGGCAACCAUCAGGUAAAAUAAUUGGCACUGAUGUAUUUCCUUUAUGCAGUCUACAUGAUUAGUUGAUAGACAGUGCAAGACUGUGCUCAAGCAAUGCCCAGUGGCCCCUGAUGCCUAUAUAAGUUUUGCUGUUGGGUGACUAUAGAACAUCUUAGUUUUUCAUACAAGUCAUAUACUGGGCACCUGGAUUUUAUAGGUUUAGAGCUCUGCGCUCCCUUAUUUCUCUUAAAGCACAGUCUUGCAGUGCCAUUGAUCAAUCGUUUGAUCAAUUAAUUGAUGGCUUGUUCAGAAUAUUAUAAGCAACUAACAAAGGCUUCUACUAUACUGUCCUUAACAAAUAACUUUUUUCAAAAACCUUUUUCCUCAGGAAUCAUGACUUUACAUUUGAUGAAGAUGCUGUAAAACAAGGACUGAAACCUCAUAAAUUAAAGGUUUGCUUUUAACAUGACCAGGAUUGUUUGUGAUGUUUUAGAUAUGAUGAUGGCCAAUCUGUUAUUACCCACAUGGUAUUUAUCAUUGUGUAAUGAAUUUAGUAUUAAAAAAGUAUGCAUUACAUGUACAUCGCAAGUCAACCACUUCAUUACACAAGUGCUUUUGUUGUAAAAGCUGAGAGAAGUAUGAGGAGGAUUCAAAUUGAGAUUUUCCUCAUGGCUUCACCAUUAGCUAUGCAUGAUGGUUCCUCUUCCAAAAAGCAUUUAACCCACAAGAUUUCCCUACUAGUUGGUUUGCAAAUUGAAUUAGCCUUUUUAUGCAACUUAAGUUACAUUCAAAAAUACCUCAAACCAUUGUAUGAUUUAAGACAACUCUCUCUUACACAAUAGACUAUUAUUUUAUUGUUGUGAAUUACACCCCAACCUUAAGGUGAAUAUGAGGCUAGGGUUGGCUUUGUUUGAUACAAACCUCCUUUAUUAAUUUUUCUAACGUAGAUUUUGCUUUAAAAAUAGUAGUUUAGUAUAAGAACAAGACAAUUUACAUAAGAAAGUAGGAAGGGUUGUAUCAAAACAAGGUCAACUCAAGCCUGGUUUCCACCUUUUAAAUGUAAAGUUGGCUUUCGGACUAGUACUUCUCACACUUUUUCUUUUGCCUAGGAAGAGUAGAUUGUUAAUACUGAGUGUUCUGGUUUGCAGAAAGAUCACCCUGUAAAGUUUCAAGCACUGUUGACGUCAUAUGAACUGGUGUCAAUUGACAUGACAACCCUGCAGUCUAUUGACUGGGCUGUAUUAGUGGUGGAUGAGGCUCACAGGCUUAAGAAUAAACAGUCCAAGGUUAGCCCAGAAAUCUUAAACACAACUACUGUAAAUACAAUAAGUAGGCAGAACUCAAACAGCCAAGGAUUUCUUUUGGUUUUACCUCUCUAUUUUUUUAAAGUAGGCAGUAGUCACCUUCAUAGGAGCCUGAGAAUUCCAUGGUCCUUGGCUUUUGCAGACAGCCCUGUGCACCCCUUCUUGGUUCCAGGGUAUUUUUAGCAGGAUUUAAGGCAUGUUUUCUGUUCUUUUCUCUUCUCUAUGAACAGUGUUCUCUAUGUUACGUCCAAAGUUAGUUUCACUUAUAGCCAAGUUAAGGACUGGUAGAUAUUUUGCAAAACAAUAAUCCCAAAUGAUGAAAAUACAGACAAUGUCACUUGUACAGGAAUGCAAGAGGACUUCUUAACAUACUUAAAUAGAACAACCUUAAAGAGCAUCAUUAACCGCCCCACAGCCAAUUACUUCUGCAUACUUUUUUACAAAUAGCAACACAGUAACAUUUCUCCUACAGACCCAAGGUUAAUAUCUUUGUGAGACACUCCCCGUCAUUUAAUAUUAUUUUGAUUGGUCUUUUUAGUUCUUCCAGAUUCUCAGUGCCUAUUCAAUAGACUAUACCCUGCUACUGACAGGAACACCUCUUCAAAACAACCUUGAAGAGCUGUGGAAUCUGUUGAAUUUCCUUGAUCCUGCAGAGUUUAAGUAUGCUAUUGUUUUUAACUUUAGUGAAACCAUAAUUUAUUCCACUUUGUUUUUUUUUUAAAUGUUACCAACUAGUAAGAGGUCAAAGACACAAAUAUCGAUCAACAACAUGUAUCCUGUAGGAUGCACAGAUCAAUCACGUGGCCUGAAGAUGUCUUUGAAGAAUAUCCUGUUUGUGAAUUCACAUCUGUUAUCAAACUUGCCUGAAUUCAAGUGAGCAAUAUCAUCUGCAAUGAAAUGAGUCCAAAAGUAAUGACUGAAAGAAAAACAAAGGCAUUUUCAUGCUUGAGCUCCAAUAAAAUCUUUUGUUUUUGAACUGAGACUCGUCAUUUUUCUCACCUCUGCAAUUUGUAACAAAAUUACUGCAGGAAUGAAAAUCAUCUUUCUCAGACAAGUGCCAAGCCCUGCAAGCUGAUCUUUUGUUACAAUGAAGCCCUUUUGGGGGGCAAAAUUAAUAUAUCGGAUUAUUCUUAUUUUUUUCUAAUUCAGGAGCCAGAACAGUUUCCUAACAGAGUUUGAGGAUGUUGCUAAGGAAGACCAGAUUAAGAAGCUUCAUGAUAUCCUAGGUCCCCACAUGCUGCGGCGUCUUAAGGCAGAUGUCUUGAAAGGAAUCCUCUCCAAGAGUGAGCUUAUCGUCAGAGUUGAAUUGAGUCCUCAACAGAAGUAUGUUUGCAGAUGUUUUGGAAUCUCCUUCUCAUAAAACAGCCAUUUAAUCCAUUUUGUUUAUACAACAGAAGAUAGCAGUUCAAAAAAGUGUCACAAGGAACUUUUUGGCUUAUCUUUUCAACAUCUGGGUUUUGUUAAAAGGAUAGUCCAGAAAUCUUAAAGAUCACAAUACUUGGCCAGAGCUAGUCGUGACUUUUUUUCAGAGACGUCCUAACAAAAAGUGGUGGUGACCAACAUUUUACUGUCUGCCUAUGUUAGUAGCGUUGACACUUGUAUUAAUGACAACAGGGCCUUCUACAGUAUGCUCCAAGUGUCCUAUAUAAUUAUCAAGAGACAUGUUUCCAAUUAACUGCGAAACCAAGUGACUAUUCAGACAAGUAAACAAAAUCACUGUGAAAGGACAAGAUGUGUGAAAUAUCUUGCCAGGUUCGUAGGCUCCAUUAAUACCACGCACCUUUUUCGGGGCCACAUUGUCCGAGUGAUGCUUUAGUAUAUUUCAGUGAAAUUUAAUGACAGGGAAAGCUUGAGUAAAGACAAUACAGGAAUAAGGCAAGUGAAUGUCAGGGCAGCACUCAAAGGUGUGGAUUUAAAAAUUGAAUGUUUUUUUGUGGUUUGUUUUACAGGAAAUACUACAAAUACAUUUUAACAAGAAAUUUUGAGGCUCUGAACACCAAAGGAUCUCAUCAAGUGUCUUUGUUAAAUGUGAUGAUGGAACUGAAGAAAUGUUGCAACCAUCCAUACUUGUUCUCUUCUGCAGCCCUGGUAAAUAUGUCAGUUUGAUAUUUCUGACUUAUGUAACAUUAUUAUUUGAAACUUGAUGCAUGGGGCGAAAAAAAUAGAUUUGUUUACUCAUUUUGAAAGUUCAAAGGUUAGAAAUUUUUUUCUAAUGAUUUUUCAUGACUACACUUUUAUUAAUUUGCCGUCUGUAAAAUGAACUCAAAAUUCUCCAUUUUGCACUUGACUCCUGAUUGAACUACGCCUCCACAGCUAACCAGUGCAUUUCCUUUUGGGAAAUCACUCACAACAGCCUGAACUAUUAACAGAUCUUAUCCUUAAAUACCAUUUAGUGAUAGGCUGCCCAGGAUGGUAUCCUGUCAAAGUAAUAGAGAGCUUUUGAAAAACUGUGUAGAAAGCAGCACGCCUGUUUUUUUACUAUCAAUGGGCAUCUGACCAAGUUUUCCCUUCGCUUGUCUUUUAUUAUUUAUUAUAUAUAGCUAAAUGAAAAAAUUAGGCGUUUUAUGCCAGGUUUACCUGAAGGAAUUAUUUUAAGUUAUUUUACACAUCUUCUAUCUUUUUGUUUCCUAAUUUGAGAAAUGAACGGCUAGAAUUAGACUUUUUCCGUUCGCCAAAGAUAUAAUAAAUUAUUCUAAAUCUCUCCAUUAUGUCAUUUGCAUGGACCUUAGGAGGCUCCUAGAAGUGCUAAUGGUAACUAUGACACAGCAGCUCUUACUCGUGCUUCUGGAAAGCUAGUCCUUUUGGAGAAAAUGUUGAAAAAAUUACGAGAGGAAGGACACAGAGUUCUCAUUUUUUCACAGGUAACGUGAACUACACUUUAUAGAUCCAACUGCUUAUAGUUGCAGGGGUUUCAUUUCAGCUGGAUGCCGGACUUAACGUCCGGUAGUUCAAAACGAAAUAAUUUUUUUUUUUUCAAGUGUGAAAAUCGUUGUUUUGCAUUUAUUAACCAAAGAAAGACUUGACCCUUAUUUUACUCACUUAGUUAUGUAAUGCAUACAAUCGAAAAAAAGAGAUGAUUCCUGUGAUAAUUCCGGUUACCUAAUUCCGGUCCAGAGAACGCAGGAAAUUGCAUUUUAGAGAAGAUUUUACAGAUUUCCUGGGGGGUAUGCCUAGGGACCCCCUAGGAGUUCGCGUCUCCGGCACUCAACGUUCGCGGCAGCGGCGCGAACAGUGCACGUCCGCCAGCUGAACCACUGCAUCCGGUACUUCCAAGUGCCACCGAAAACCCUGUUGUUGACAUGUAUAUAUGCUCCAAACAUUACUAACAAUUAUUUUAUUAAAAGUCAAGAAAAUUCCCAAACAGUUUGCAUGGUUGUGAAACUAAGUCAUUGGUAAAUGUACAGCUGAAUAUUCUUUUAAUGUGUUGUUCUGCCCUUCUCUUGGCAUCACCCUGUUGGCCUUUGCAAAAACCUUAAAUACCUUUAGUGAGUGAAAAACAUUACAGUGCAAUUCAAAGUCCUUGUCCACUCACCCCCUCCAAGCAAUGUCUUAAAUGAUUUCAUGCCUUCUCCACACUUCACGCUAUUACUCUUUUUUAAACUGAACUAUAGUAAUAAGUAUUAUAAAAAACUGAAUUAUUGGAUAAUGCAAUUUCCGCAAUUCUAGAGUUCUGAUUAGCGUAGCCAUCGUGGUAUAUGAGCUAUUAUACCAUGCUCUCAGCUGAAAAUUGGUUCUUUUUACAAAUAAAGUUGGGAAGAAUUCUCGAUAUUUUCGAUAUUAUUCUACGAGUGCAUGUUGGAUAUGAGAUAAUUAUAGCCUACGCGCACUCGUAGAAUAAUUGUCAAUUAUAAAUAUUGCACAUACUAAUGCCCCUCCUGGUUUGCUGUUGGCCAAACUAGAUGACAAGAAUGCUGGAUAUCUUAGAAGACUUCCUUGAGGGGCACGGUUACAAAUAUGAAAGAAUUGAUGGAACUGUCAAUGGAGCAGCUAGGCAGGAAUGUAUUGAUAGGUUUAAUGGUAAGUACAUGUGAUGCAGGAGGAAACAGCAUUUCAGUAAUUUUAAUUGGGAAGUAGCUAGGGUGAUCUUCAAAACUUGUUAAUCUUAAUCUUCAGCUAUAGUUCAUUCUGCUACUGUUAAAACUGUAUUUUCACGAAAGAAAUAUUUACUGUUGAAAAUGUGCUUUUCUGCUGACUGUCCUCUGACCAAAAUGCCAGAACUAUGGUAUAAGAUGAUGCGAAUCAAUGACAGGCUUUUACUUUAGAUUGUGUGAGUGUAUUGUAUUUAGUGCUCCUGUUUUUCUAAAACUAAGCUUCUAGUGGCGGGCAAAUUUGUACCCUUUCGUGGUGGUUAUCUGAUAAAUAAUAUAAAAAAUUGAAAUUAUCCUCAUUUCAUUAAAAUCCUGACCAUGUAUAAAUCCUGACCUUAUAUGAACCCUGUAAAAGGAACAUGAAUCCCCAGAUGCUUUAUAUAGGUUAGCAAAAUGAAAACAAAACCAAUAGAACCCCUUAGCUGUUCAAUUACUACCUACUACUACUAAUUGAAUACUCCUUGAAAUUUGAAAUCUUACUGACAGCCCUGCAUUACAGUUAUUGAAAUGUUUUAUAAAUAUUGUUUUUGAUGCUAAUCAGAGCUCUGUUUUUCUUGCCUUUUCUUUUUCUGUUUGUUUGUUUGAAGCUGCUGGUGCACAGACGUUUUGCUUCUUGCUUUCUACUCGUGCUGGAGGUCUGGGCAUCAAUUUAGCCACAGCUGACACUGUGUUUAUAUAUGACUCAGACUGGAAUCCUCACAAUGACAUCCAGGUAUAUAAUGUACAUAAAUAGUGACAUUAACAUGAAAAAUUGUAUUCUGGCCAAUCCAAUAGUUUAGAAAAUUUGGUAUGUUAGUAUACCUCCUUAUACUUAGGUUUUAUGUUAACAGUUACAAAGCUGUGACCUGCUUCACCCUGGAGUAGAAAAAGAAAUUACAAGAUUUUUUAUCCACUAGAGCGUACGUAGCAACUUAAAAAUAAGCCAACCUAAUAAGAUGUUGUACAUGUGUGUUGCUUCUCUUCCCUUCUUGUCUUUCCUCACAGGCGUUCAGCAGAGCUCAUAGAAUUGGUCAAAACAAUAAGGUAUUUAAUUAACAAAGUGGUACUCUUCAGUGCCUUGUGUAUUAUUUUAUUGUAUAAAGUCUUCAUUUAUGCUAGUUAGUUCAGCUGGAUAAGGACCUGGGGCCUGUUUCUCUAAAGUCCCGAUUGUUACGGGGCCACCCAGAACGCUGUUGUUGUUUACAUUCAAGAUAGAGGUUUCAGUACUUUUGUAGGCAACGUAAUAAAAUUAUCAGUUAAGAAAACAAAAUGGACGGGUUUGUUGGCUAGGACUUGCGCGAUUUUAUUCUUUACAUUUUUAUUUGAAUAUUUGAUUUCGAGCCUGGAAAGUUACUGGGACUUUCGAGAAAUGGGCUCCAGUCCUCCAAGCAGGAGGUCAUGGGUUCAAACCCAGGCCAGACCAUCAAACAAUCUUUGAUUUUAGACCUUGGCGUGUCUGUUAAUAUAUAAUGUACUGUAAAAAAACACGUCUGAUGUUCUUUCUUCCGUAACUCUUCAUUCAUUUCAUGCAUUCAUUCUUUCUUUCAUCCCUUCAUUUCAUUUCGUUCAAUUCAUUCGUAUUGUUCUGUGCAGUUUAGCCCUGUAUUCAGAGACUUUUCUUAAUUCACCCUCCAGUGCACUUGAGAGAGGCGUCAUUGUCUUCAGACUUUUUAUGUCCCCCUCAUGGAGCGUCAGUUAAGACAUUACUUUUCAAUACAUGUAGAAUAUCAAAAUUACAUUAUGAGUCUCCGUUUUCUUGUUAGGUUAUGAUCUAUCGCUUUGUUAUAAGGGCCAGUGUGGAAGAACGGAUCACACAGGUACGUAGUGCUGUACAUUAUAACGAAUGUAAGGGAAAAUAUAUAUUUUAAGCGAUGGAACAAAGUAUAGUCAGUUUCUGCUAUUGCAAACACAGUCUAAACAAUAAUUGUUUGGAUUCUUACCACACGUUAAUGGGACAAGUUUGUGGCUCCUUCCUUGGUGGUUUUAAUUUGGAGGUGUGCUGGUGUGGUCUCUCCCUGCUAGCAGAGGUAUCAUGAGAGACCUCUGCUAGCAGGGAAGUGCAGUCUGUGAUGAUGCUGAUAAUUGUGUCACAGGUUCUUAUUAACUAUAUAAAAAAUAUCCGGCAAAAUGAAUGUUAAUAAGCAUAAUUGGCAUGUUUUAGGUUUUUAAAGGAAAUGUUGUGGUUGGAAUAACCCAAAUUGGAAAUACACGAGAAAUUCCUUCCAAAUCAAGGAAAGGGUUGCAGUGAAUGAACAUUCAAUCCAAUAUUGCUUUGUUCACCCGAGUCCAAUUGCCUAUAUCAGAACCUUAUAUGUAUAUGUAUAUAAGUAUAUGUUUUUUGUUUAUUGAGAGACCUCAAUCUCGACUAAUUUACUUCAACAAUCAGUGUGAAACAAACAAAUCCUUUAAAAGCGCUAUUUUUGUUGUAGAUGUAUAAUAUGACCCCUUAAGCUUUGAUGACUUUGAUCUUUGCGCUAAAGGUUGCCAAGAAGAAGAUGAUGUUGACUCAUCUUGUGGUUAGACCCGGCUUGGGAUCCAGCAAAACUGCUGUCAUGUCUAAGAGUGAGCUCAAUGAUAUUCUCAAAUUUGGAACACAAGAACUCUUCAAGGAUGACAAUGCUAAAGAUGGAGGUUAGUCUUCUACUGACAUACCUUUCUUUAGAGAAUCAAAACAUUCCUGACGCUACCUUAAGCCAGGGGCACCCAGUGACUGUUUUCUGUGAAAUGUCUGUUCGGAGAAGCAACAAUUGCCUAGAAUUUUCUAUAGCUUGAGGAAGGCUAGAACGUUCGAGAUGACCAUUCAUGUACAAUUUUCGAAGCUUAUCUAUUAAAUUCCUUACGAUUUUCUGAAGUUUAAUUUUUCCCAUUUUACUCCCCAGGUUAAGCUAUUUUUUCAUAGAGAAAGGAAACCUAAAUUUUCGCAACCGGAAUGCGAUGCAGAGAGGAAUCAGAAAAAUUCCCACUUUCGUAUAACUUUAAAUUACAGCUUACGUUUUCAGGAAAAUAAUUUUGAAGCCCUUGUUAUUUUAAAAAAAGACUCAUUAGCGCCACUUAGAAUACAUUUCUAGAGAUCUAAAAGUACUCUGAGUAGCCUUAGAAGUGUGUUCCAUGCAUGUACGAGGAAACCGUCGUUUAGUGCCCCUGUUAAGCUACGUUACACUUUAAUGAAGACAAACAAAGAGAACUUCUAGAAAAAUGAUCAUUUAAACAAGACCGAGGAUACGCUGUACAUUAUCAGUGGCAUUUGCGUUUUUCUAAUUCAAAAUAUAUGUUGUAAUUAUGUUUCUCUUUUUUAACUUACUAAAAAACAAGUGCUGGUACGUGGAAGACAUAUGACUUUGCAGACGCUAUUGAUAACUCCUAAAUGGUUUAUAACUGGUGACAAGAUAUGUAUCAGUUGGUGAAAGGAGCUGAAGUCUAGAAUAUGAGUUUUUUUUUUUCCCUGGGGUGUCAAAAGGAGUAAAACAUGAGUGAGCCAUCUUCCACGCCCUGCCACGUUUUUCUGCUGCUAAGAAAAAUAAAGAAUUGGAAAAAACAGGAGAUAGCGAGACCUUAUUUCUUAAGGAUGCUGUAAUAUGCUUUCUAAAUUGAUUUUCUUUUAUUGUCAGACUCGGGUGACUCAGGCCGCAUAGAUUAUGAUGAAAAAGCCAUCAUGUCACUGUUUGACCGUACCAGUAGCCACGAUGAUGCUCCUGAUGAAGAGAAAGACAUGUUGGCUAAUGAAUACCUCGCUUCUUUCAAGGUAAGACUCAGGCCCUGUUUAUAUGGAGAAAAGUCGUACCGGGUGUAGAAGGGUCACUUGCCUACCCUAGCUACCCUAGGCCAGCCUGGCUCUCAUAUGCCGCUGAUGUAUGUACAACGCUGCUGGUAACACCUGGGCUACUUCUUGGACAAAUGAGAACAUGCGCCGCCGGCAACUAGAGCCAUCACAAAGCUUUACCGCCGUCAUGCCUGCGAAGAUGAACUCGAGUCAGCUUCGCAGGCAUGCCUGGGGUAAAGACUGGGAUGACCAAUGUUGCUGGCUACUUCUGUUCUCAUAUUGGAACAGUAUCCCAGGCAGUACCGGUGGCCAUGUCGCAGGUGCAUCAGCGGCAUAUAAGAACCGGGCUUAAAUACAAAAAGUGGGCGGGGAAUCAAACGGCUGGGAUUUCUUUUAGUUUUAUGUGUCGUCCUUUUUCCAAUGGUAUAUAGUUGAAUAGCAUAGCCAGCUUUUUGGCUAAAGCAUGUCAAAAGAGAAGGAACAGGAUGACAGCAUUUUCUUGCUGUGUCUUGUUGAUGACUUCUCUCACUUUAGGUGAUUGUAAUCUACAUGUAUACACACCACUUCUAUGACAUGCGAUAUUAAACAUGAGUGAGCAGGGCCUGGAGCCUUAGCAUUAGGCUACUGGAGUAGUAUAUCGCUCAGACAUGAUAAUGUCUCCCUCCAUGAUAGUAGUGAAUUAUUCCCUGCACUGUAGUCAAGUGUAACUGAUGUUGCAUUUAGACAUGCAUACAGAACACCAUAGGAUUUCAUUACAGAUUUAAAAGAUAAAGUGACUUAUAACCUAGCCACACCAAAGUUUGGAAACAUUCAAUUAAUGAAAGAUACCAACUUGAAUAGUGAUAUCGUAUCAUUCAGUUUGCGCUUAUCAGUUUGUGGUUUGUGUGUGAACCUUUCUCAAAGCCAUUGAGUUACAAGUGUUUUUUAUUACCAAAUGUACGACCUUGUGCCAUCCAAGUUUUUUUAGUUAUUAUUUUCAGUAUAUGCUGUUAACACUUUGGUGUUUGUGGCUUUCUUUGCAGGUCGCAAGCUAUGUAGUGAAGCAGAAAGAUGAUGAUGUAGAAGUCCUCAAGGUAGCAAAAAAAUCGCCAUCUUUUUUACGGCUUAAAUAGUUGAUUAACGUCUUUCGCGAUGAUGUACAUUCCGCAAAAAACAGUUCUCAACUUUUCACUUCUUCUGUGGUAUUUUCCUGAACAAAUCCGAGCAUGUUCCCACAAGCUGGACCUUUUCCAUGUUAUUAUUUUUCCUUUAUUUUCAUCUUAAUUUACCUCUUAGUAUCGAUUUGGAUAGAAAAUUCUUUUGUUGUUUGAACUUGCUAGCGAGGCUUGGAGUCAAUUAUCAUGAGCAUUAAUAACAAGAAACCUGAAAAAGUUCUAUUCUACUGCUAUUCUUUAUCAACAGCAAGAUGCAGAGAAAGCAGACCCUGACUACUGGGAGAAACUUUUACGCCAUCAUUACGAACAGUUCCAAGAAGACGAGGCGCGACAUCUUGGAAAGGGAAAAAGAAUCAGAAAACAGGUAACUGUAACUUUACUUAUUUCUUUGAAUAUAAAUGUACGUGAAAACCUUUAUAAAAAAGAUUUUAUAAAGGUGCAUCGAUAG